AUGCUUGAUAAAAAUUUUUCAAAAGAAGGCUAUGUUGUAAGAUUUCUCAAAAGCAAUGAAAUAAGUCUGUAUCCAACAUUAAUGAAGCACUUAAAAUCAAUACAAGGAAAAAUUUACGAGUACCUAGCAAGGCCGAAAGCCAAUGAAGGUGGGAUAAAUAGAGUUAUAUGGUCCAUAAUAUUUUAUGAUGCUGAUCCUAAAGUUUGGAAUAAUUUUUUCCAUAAAUUUUUAAGUGAUUUACCCUGAGUGAAAUUGAAAAUGCAAUAA